UUGCAUGAGUAGCAGACGACAUUACACGUGUUAGAAGUUAAAAGAAACAACGUGCUUAGCCGGUGUUUCACGACUUUGUUCGUGCUUACUAAACACGAAACACACAGACGGACCACACUGAAUCAAAAUAAAUCUUUGGGCUUAUUAGUUAAUUGUUUAAACCAUGUUCGUUCUAGCUCUUGUCAAGCAGACUGUAAGAGUUCCUUCAGAAAAAUUCAAUCGGGAUAUUGAUCAAGCUAUUUCGGAAGAAUUGAACUUAAAGUUUGCUAAUAAAGUAGUUCUGGAUGUUGGACUGUGCAUUGCUCUGUGGGAUAUAAUUAAACGAGGAGAAAGUUUCAUUUUGCCAGGUGAUGGUGGCCAUCAUACCAAAGUUGAAUUUCGUUAUGUAGUAUUCAGGCCAUUUAUGGAGCAGAUUCUCGUUGGUAGAAUCAAAAACUGUGAUAAGGAAUCAGUCCAAGUUUCUUUGGGAUUCUUUGAUGACAUCUGGAUUUCUUCUGAGAACUUGCAAAAAAACUCCAGAUUUGAUGAAACUGAACAUCUUUGGAUUUGGGAAUAUCAAACAGAAGAUGGAAAACAUGACCUUUUCAUGGAUACAGGUGAAGAAAUACGUUUUAAAGUAGUUGCUGAGUAUUUCAUUGAUACAACACCUUCUGGCCCCAGUAAUGAAGCACCUGACUCAUCUCUAGAUCCAAUAAAAGAUAAUAAAAGGCUGUCGUAUCGCAUAAAUGCAUCUAUCAAUGAAUCAGGAUUAGGUUUGCUCUCUUGGUGGGCUAGCUGAAGUCUUGAAGCUGUGAAAUGUUGCGAUAUUUAAAUCAAUAAACUUCACCAAUGUGUUUUUUCUAA